AAAGAUCAUCCACAUCAGAUGUCUCACCGUAUUUUAAUUCUUUCAUCAACACCAAUCCUUCAUGGUGGAGAGUAUGACACAUUACAUCUCCCGUUUCUUUCUUACAUAUUAGGUAUUCUCAAAAUACUUUCUAAUUAACUUCACCAUCUCGAUAUAGACUUUGUUUUAACAGAGGAUGUUGGGAGGCAGCAGUAGACAACAAAAAUGGUCUCUUCAAGGAAUGACAGCCCUGGUUACAGGGGGCACCAAAGGCAUAGGAAAAGUUGUUGUUGAGGAACUUGCUGGUUUUGGAGCUGCUGUUUAUACAUGUGCUCGUACUGAAAAGGAUCUUAAUGAGUGUUUGACUGAGUGGAAAGAUGCAGGAUUGAAUGUUGGUGGUUCACCUUGUGACUUAACAUCACGCACAGCACGAGAGGAGCUCAUGGAAAAGGUUUCUUCAUUUUGCAAUGGGAAGCUCAAUAUAUUGAUAAAUAAUGUAGGGACAAAUAAAAGGAAGCCCACUGUAGAAUAUACAGCUGAGGAUUACUCUUUUUUUAUGUCCACCAAUUUCGAAUCAGCUUAUCAUUUGUCUCAACUAUCGCAUCCUUUACUGAAAGAAUCAGGAAAUGGAAGCAUUGUGUUUAUUUCUUCUGUUGCUGGUGUUGUAGCCAUUCAGUCUGGUACCAUUUAUGCAGCCUGCAAGGGAGCGAUUAAUCAAAUUACAAAAAAUCUUGCAUGUGAAUGGGCAACUGACAAGAUACGUGUUAAUUCUGUGUCACCAUGGUAUACCAAGACUCCGCUUGUUGAAAAGCUAUUAGAAGAUGAAGAACUGGUGGGAAACAUCCUCAAAUACACUCCCUUGAAUCGUAUAGCCGAGCCUCAAGAAGUUUCCCCUCUCGUAGCUUUUCUUUGCCUACCUGCUGCUUCAUAUAUUACCGGUCAGGUUAUUUCUGUUGAUGGGGGGAUGACUGCAAAUGGCUUCUAUCCAAAAUGAGAUAGGUGAAUCUGUUCCUGCAGUGAUUGUCUUGCUUUGAGCUUCUUACUGCAAUUCAUGUUAUUUAUAACUAAAUAUAUGACAAAUUGCCUUGCAUUUUAAUCGUCAUACGCAUUUGAAGUAGGGGUUGGACUUUUUACACUGCUGAAGAAAAUUGUCAUUUGUACCCAAUUUUAAACUAUUAUUGAUGUGUCUGGAAAGUUAUCUUUACAUGAACAAGGUGGUGUUGGAUGAAUUUUCUUUUGGAAUCAUAUCUUAAAUGAAUGAUGUGGGACAUGAGAAGGAUUCGGAAUGUAUAAGCAAUUCUAAUUUUUCUCUUCACUACAAACUGCUUGGUCUCAUUAUAACUUUAAAACUGGGCAUUAUUAUUAGUUUCA